AUGUCGGUCUCGGGCCAGGUCGGCAGGAAGCUCGGCUCCGGCGACGUCGUCGGCUUGGGCGAGAAGGAGGGCCGCGGCGUCGGGUGGAAGGUCGGGUGGUCGCUCGGCCGCGGCGUCGGGCCCGGCGUCGGGUGCCGCGUGGGCUUCGGCGUCGGUCGGAGCGUCGGCGCGGACGUCGGGUCCGGCACGGGCACCUUCGUCGGGCGCCGCGUGGGCUCCUUCGUCGGCCGGUGCGUGGGCUUGUGGGUCGGCUUCUCCGUCGGCCGCCGCGUGGGCCGGUGCGUCGGCUCCGGCGUGGGGUCGAAGGGCGACGGGAGCGUCGUCGGGAUGGGCUUGGGCGCCAUGGACGGCGUCGCCGACGGCACGGGCAGCGGCGCGAGCGUCGGCAGCGGCCGCGGGACGGGCGACGGCGCGGUCGUCGGGAUCGGCGCGGGCACGCCCGUGGGGACCGCCGUCGGGCAGCCCGUGGGCUGCACGCUGGGGACCGGGCUCGGCGCGUCCUCGCGGACCGCGUCGUCAAGCUGCUGCGGCGGCGGCGGCGGGAACGGGAGGAGGCCGCGGGGCGGAUGA